UCCGAGGCUGGGUCCCCGUGCCGAAGCUUCACAAAAGUUGAGCAACUCAAAAAACAAGUUACUUAAUACUUUCCUCGGGUCCAGGAAGAGUCGGGAAUAAUCUUGACAUACCGCCCUGGAGUCGGUGCCAGUAUGAGUGUGCCAGUAAGCCCGUUGAGUCCCCUGAGCCCUCUGGGGUCCCCGCGCCACCCCCCCGCACCGGACCUGUCCUGCCUGCAGGCCUACCACGACUGGCUGGCCACUCGCCACAGCGCCAGUCUGCUGCCCAUGCAGGAGGACCUGGCCCUCUGGAUCAACUGCAUGCUCGGUGUUGCCGUGACGGCUGACAAUUUGAUGGACAGGUUGGAGACGGGUGUUCUGCUGUGUCAGCUCGCUGAGGAGCUACAGGAGCGCAUGAUCCUGGGGAGCAACGGGAAGCCCUUUACCCAGCGUGUGAUUCGCUGGCGGGACGACGCUGCGCCCGGCUCCUUCUUCGCCCGAGACAACACCGCCAACUUCCUCUACUGGUGCCGCCGCAUCGGCGUGGAGGAACCAUACCUGUUUGAGUCUGAAGACCUGGUUCUGAAGAGGCAGCCCAAAGAGGUGUGUCUGUGCCUGCUGCAGGUGGGCAGGAUUGCCUCCAGGUACGGCGUGGAGCCCCCGGGCCUGGUGAAGCUGGAGCGUGAGCUGGAGAGGGAGACGGGAGGCCGUCUGUCCCCAUCGCUGCUCUUCCCCUCCCCCCUGCCCUCCCCCCCCGCCUUCUUCCCCCCCGCGUCCCCCACCCCCACCCCACCCUCUCCCUCCCCACCCUCUCCCUCCCCACCCCCUCAGGCCCCUGAGCCCGAGCAGGUGCCCCCCCCUCCAGAGACCCCCCCGCCCCCGGAGCCUGAGCCCACACCCCCACCUGCCCCCCCACCCCACCUCUCAGCCCCACCCUCCCCGGCCCCCCCAACACCCAAACACACCAGCAAGACCCCCACCCGCAAGAGCACUACCAACCUGCUGGAUGACCUGGUCAAGCAGAUCACACUGGACCCUCCGUGCACCUGUCCUGUGCGGUUCUGUGUGGAGAAGCAGCCCAAGGGCCGUUAUCGGGUUGGAGACAAGGUCCUGUAUGUGCGGAUGCUGAAUGAUAAGCAUGCCAUGGUGCGUGUGGGGGGUGGCUGGGAGACGUUUGCCUGCUACCUGCAGAAGCACGACCCGUGUCGCCUCUCGCCCAUCGUCCGGCCCGGGAUCAAGCCCUCCGCUCGGACCAACGGCAGUAACCGUGGCAACAGCAGCGGCAGCAGCAGGAAGUCCAUCCGUAUCAAAGAGAUCUCCCCCGACAGCUACCUGGUGGUGGGUACCAACUCCGUCCGCCUCAAGAAGUAGCCCACUGGCCGCCAGAGAUGACUGACAACGUGAACAGCCAAUCAGGCUUUGUCUUUCUGUCUGUGUUGAGCCAAUGAGAGAGGAAUUGAGUAGAUGUGUUUCUCUGGGAGAGGUUCUUUAGGCCCAGGUGGCCAGAGCUCUUAUGUGUCUUCAGUUAGAGCGUAGCGUGUGUGUGUGUGUCCAGUUAGAGCGUAGCGUGUGUGUGUGUCCAGUUAGAGAGUAUCGUGUGUGUGUGUGUGUGUGUGUGUGUCCAGUU